AUGAUGGGUUCCACCAGAGUCGCACUCGUCACCGGAGCGUCACGUGGAGUUGGUGCUGCUGUCGCACGCACGCUGGCUGCCCAGGGCAACACACGCAUCGUUAUUAACUAUCAUAACAACGUUACGGCUGCUGCCCAGCUGAUCGCCGAGAUGAGCGAGCUGAGCGAGCUGCGGAGUCAGUAUGGUGAUGGCACAGUCGGAAAUGAGCGGCCGUGGUUCACUGCGGAUAUAGUCAGUCGGGCGGAAAUGACGCAACUCGUACAACAGACUGUGGAUGUUGUUGUCUCGAAUGACUGGGGACAGGGGUUUCAUGAUGAGAAGAUCCAGGCCGUGGAGGAGAAGAAUGUGCUAAAGCGGCUCGCAACGCCCGAGGACGUUGCGGAACACAAGACGGACAGUACCUCGUUCCCAUACAUCGAGCAGAAUGUCACCGUUCGACCCAAGGUGGCCGGUGGCCUCAUCUGCUGCAAUGUGUAUCGAUCCGAGACCGACGCUUAUGUUCCAGUGAUCUUGACAUAUAGACCCUAUGGGAAGGACAUUCAUUACGAAAUAUUGCAUCCCUACUCUAACCGUCGCGAUCAAACGCAGGACAAUGUGGCUAACAGAUUCCGCGAUGAACGGUACUACAUCUCCAAAGAGUACAACAUGGGUGAUAUACAAGUGCCCGUGAUUAGCGUUGCUAAUUGGGGUGGGAUUUGUUUACAUCUGCGUGGCAACAUUGAGGGCUGGACGUGGGCAGGGUCCCCCCUGAAAUACUUGCGCUUCAUUACCGGUCGACACAAUCUGCCCUUCUACUACCACGCGGAGGCGGUGGUCCAGUGCAGCUUCCUGGAUGCUUUCCUCAAAGGUGAGGAUCUCAAGGACUUGCCUGUGACAAAGAUCUCUUAUUUUGCUCUGGGCACCUUCGACAACCCGCAGCUGCUGAGGUUUGAGACGGAGCCUUUCACGGAACAGACAGAGAUUACCGGUCACAUUGUAGCACAUCUGAAUGCUUCGUUCGCCCCGAACCCAGGCAGCGAGAUUAUCCCCUCCAAUAUUGAUCUCUUCCUCACACUGCGACAUAUAUCUCCAGCUAGUCAGGAGGUCUUUUAUACAGCACCGAGUAUAGCUACGGCACCGAGACUGAGCACAGACGUGGAGCCAGUUAUUGUGGGUGAUAUAUACGUCGUGGACGUUGAGAUUUGGCCAACAAACGUCGUGGUGGAACAUGGAGACAAAAUCGUUUUGGAAGUUGCCUCGGGCGAUACGCAGGGAUGCGGCAUCUUCCAGCAUGACUCCCCAAUUGAUCAGGCAAAGGAGAAGUUUCAUGGGCUCAACCACAUACAUUUCGGAUGUCAGUUUCAAAACUACGUCUCUUUGCCUAUCAUUCCGCCAAAGUGA